AUGGCCGGACGAAACAACCCACGAGGAAGGGGCCGUCCAAAUCACAGCAAAGCAGAAGCUCAAAGAUAUUCCAAUGAUGAGCUCACCUCCCACCCUGGGAAAUGUCCCCAAAAGCAGAAAGAACAGAGCCAGCUGAAGGUGAACAAGGUGAAGGAGCAGAUCCACCAGAGCAAAAAUGAAAACCUGCACCUGAAGAAGGAGGAGAAUCUCUCUGACAGGCUCGCAAGCCAGACCGCAAGCCAGCUGAUGAACAUGGGAGAUGAUAACCUCCUGAAUGAGGAAGCUUGGAAGACCAAGUACAACGCUCUGGAGGAGAAGUUCAGAUCGGAGCUCGCCAAGAGAGAAGAGAGUUUUGGCAAAAUACAGGAGGAGAAGAAAGACCUGCUGAAAAUGAUGACUGUACGUGAAGAGGAGAAGAAAGAACUGCACAAGCAGAACAAAGAACUCCAAGAGGAGAAGGAGGAACUGCAGAAAGUGAAUAACGCACUGGAAAUGGAGAAAGAAGAACUGCAGAAAGAGUACAAAGUACUGGAGGAGUUCUGUCUGAAAACACAGAAGAGCCGACAUUUCUGGUUUUGGAAGAAGACAAAAGAGGAGAAGAUCAAGAAAAAGGAAAAAGAGGAGGAGAAGGAGGCACGAAAAGAGAAACAGAAAGCAGAGAAAGCAAAGAAGCAAAGCAAAGAAAAGGAGAAGAUGGAGAAAAAGUGGAGUCGUUGGAGCUGGUUGCACAAGAAAAAGAAGUGUGACAGCGACAGCAAGAUGGAGGAGGCUGCCGGUUUUUCAGCUCAGGCUGGACAACAGUAGCUCCCUCCUCACCCAUUCAUCU